AUGUGCAUUUCGAAUGGUGUGUGUGUGACUCCAAGUACGGCGUGGAGAGGUCAUAUGCGCAUAGCCGAUUUCGUUGAACAGACGGACUGGCAAAUGGCAUUUGCAUUCUCACGGGAUGGGAUGUGCGUAAACUUCAUGCUUUUUAAAACUCCUUUAUCAUGA